AAACCAACUGUUUCGGAUCAUGUGAUCCGAAGGGAGGCCUGUUUUGCGGCGCCGUGGCGAGGAGGAAUUUGUCACAAAGAUUCCCUUGUCAGCAAGUUCCACUGUGAGAGCCGAUUCCUUGCCCUCCCAGCCAGGCCCUACAUCUACGAUCUCCCAUGGGUACUCAGAGGCCCCUAAUUGUGCCUUGGCUGCUGGAGCAGCUGAAUGCCCAGCAAUUUCCAGGAGUGUCAUGGCUGAACCCGGAACGGACCCAGUUCCGAGUACCUUGGAAGCAUGGGUCCCGGCACAGCACCAUCCCAGAGGAUUUUCAGCUAUUUGAGGCUUGGGCCAUUGCUAGUGGCCGCUACAAUCCAAGGUCUGAUACCCGGACACCUUCAGAAUGGAAAAGAAACUUCCGCAGUGCCCUGAACCGAAAGCCAGAGAUCAAUCUAAUAGCUGAUAAUAGCACAGAUUCUGAAGACCCCCACAAAGUGUUUGAAAUUCAACAACCUGAUGUUCCAGGUGACCACGUGCAAGCAAUGUCUGGGGAUGUGCUUGAAAACCUGGGGAAAUGUGGAGACAGUCCACCUUCUUGCCAGGAUGACUCACUGGAGAAUGUACUGAAGACCCUGGUUCUCUCCAGUUCCAAAGAAGUGCCAGGAGCAGAAAACCCAGCUUACUGUGUAGGCCUGUCCCCAUCUGGUUUGGAUCUGGUCUCACCAACAGUCCCAAUGAUACCGUUGGAACCAGCCUUGGAAGCGAAUGAGUUUGUGCCAGGAGCAGAAAAUGCAGCUUCCUGUGUAAACCUGCCUCCAUCUGGUUUGGAUCAGGCCCCACCAACAGCCUCAAUGAUACCAUUGGAGCAGAUGAUGGUAACCAAUGUGUUAGAAACAGAUUUUGAAGUGCGGGUCUAUUAUCGAGGUCGCUUAGUCUUCAACGACACCUUCAGCAACGUGAAGGGCUUGUGCUUUGUGCCCCCCGGAUGCCCUGUCCCUUAUCCGGAUUUGGCUGCUGUGGUAUUGCCCGAUACUGCUAUCUUGAACGACCAGCGGCAAGCAGCGUACACAAGCCGCCUUCUGAGAGGCGUGGCUCCUGGAGUGCUGCUCCGUAUUGAGGGUCCGUUGCUGUGUGGCAGCCGGCUGGGUUCUUGCCAUGUUUUCUGGAGCCAGUCUGAGACACCCACUGAUCAGACACGUUGUGGAGGGCUCCCGAAGAAACAAUUCAGCUGCCUUUAUAGCCUGCAGCAGUUUGUGCAAGAAUUGAUUGGAUACCUGGAAGGAAGCAGGGGCUCCCCUGACUACACCCUGUGGUUAUGCUUUGGGGAGGAGUGGCCUGACUCCAGCUGUCUUUGGAAGAAAAAACUCAUCCUGGUACAGGUCAUCCCAAAAGUUUUUGAAAUGCUCCACGAACUGAGCAAGGCCAGUGGGGCAUCAUCAUUAAAUUGUGCUGAACCAGACCUGAGGAUAUCGGACUCACUACAGGACUCUCCUCCCUUGUUGGAGCGACUGAAAGACUGGGAGGAGAGGAUGGAUACGCAGUUUACCAGCCAGCCCUGCUAGCCACAGCUACUUUGGUCAUACUCAGUCCUCCUCCUUGGAACAAGGCCAUCUGCUCCUAUGACGGAAUGACACCACCCUUGCCUUUAGGGAGGGCCAGCUGAGCUGCAGCCCCCCCCCCCUUAAUGUGAUACUUGUCCUUAGUCAUUCCUCUAGUGGGGCACCUGAUUUUAUUCAGCAGAGUGACUCAGACCAACCCUACGUAAAUUUACUUUUCACUUUCCAGAUUAAGAAUACUUACUACAAUCUUGUCUGAAGCCUAUAACAAGCAAAACCAAAUGUACCAUUGUCUACAAAAACCACCUCCAGCUAUUCCAUGUACACUGUUAGUAAUUUUUUUUUUUGCAGCGACUUGUAUUGUUUUACAUUCAGGGUGUGUUCAUGGCAGGGAGAAGGUAUAGAACUUUGUUUAGGUGAUACCUUGAUUAGGCUAUUUUUGAAAUCUAUCUCCCAGAAUCUCGGCUCUUGUUUAUUUCAGUCGUUAAUAUUGCUGGGUUUUCCCCCAAAAUAGAAAUCUAUAUUUCUUACAUUUAAGGCUCUUUGUUAUGUUGCUGCCUUCUGGUUCUCUGCUUCGAUUUUUCCCUGCUGAGUUUGCCAUUCUGGUUCAGUUUACCAUUUUCUCCGCACUGACUGCUGUUCAGUUCUUGGAUUCCCCCCCCCCCUUUUGCUUUCCUCUUUUGAGAAGCUUUAACAAAACCUGCUUGUUCUGUGCUGUAUUUUCUUCAGUAAACUCGUUAGAUUUGUGA